AUGAUGGCGGGUACCAGUAGCUCCGAUGACUCGGAGCAUGUUUCUUCUUCGAAACCGACAGCUGUGGAAAUUGAAAAAAUAAAAGUUGAUAACGGAAUUUCUGGAGGCGGCAAUGAUUGUGAGAAAAGUAGCUUGAGAACAUGUGGUGAUGUCGAAGAUCAUGGUACUGAGCCCCCGAUGACCUUUAGCCGCAUCAUGAGCUUGGUAGCGAUGGCCUUUCUGUGGACUGGCAGCCAGAUCCCUGUCUACCUGUUCGGUGGUGUUCCUCCAUACAUCUAUGGUGAUAUCGGCGGCAACGAUCGAUGGAUCUGGUUCAUCCUCGCAAACCUUCUUUCAUUGGCUGCAGUGUGCCCUUUCGUUGGAUCCAUAUCUGAUAUUGUCGGCCGUCGCUGGGUUGCGAUGAUCGGAGCGAUGUUCCUCAUCAUCGGGAUGAUUAUUUGCUCCACUGCCCACGAGAUGAACAUCUUUAUCUGUGGUAUGGUCUUUGCAGGGAUAGGAGCCGGUAUCGACGAAUUGACAGCAUUGGCUGUGACAUCUGAGCUGGCACCUACCGCGCAACGCGGUAAAUACGUUGCAGUCCUCGUUUUUACCAUUAUUCCAUUCUGUCCAUCCGUACUAUGGGCGCAGCUUAUUGCCUCACAUUCGACCUGGCGUUGGAUUGGACUUUGGAUUGGCCUCUGGGCUUUCAUUGGCCUCGCCCUGGUGGCGGUUUUUUACCAUCCACCACCACGUGUUAACAGCCAGGGCAUGAGCCGCAACCAGAUUCUGGCUGAGAUCGACUAUAUCGGCGGCUUCCUUUCCAUCGCUGGGAUGAUCCUAUUCAUGAUGGGUAUGCAGUGGGGAGGCUACCAGUACCCAUGGCAUAGUGCUCAUGUUCUUGUGCCCUUGAUCCUCGGCGCUGUGCUCAUCAUCGCUUUCGUGGUUUGGCAAGGAUAUGCAACACAUCCCAUGUUUCCCAAAAGACUGCGACAGGAACCACGAAUCUUGGGUCUUACCCUUGUUAUCACUUUCAUCUCUGGGGCUAAUUUCUUCUCCAUACUCAUGUUCUGGCCCACACAAGCAUUCAAUGUGUAUGGGCACGACCCAAUUGGUGUCGGUAUCCGCGGUAUUCCAGUCGGCUUCUCUAUCCUUGCUGGAGCCUGCAUUGUGCUGUGGCUGCUAUCUCUCCUUCGAGGCCAUAAUAAGGAACUUCUUAUCGCUUCUUCUAUACUCAUGACUGCCGGUUGUGGUGCUCUUGCCGUUGGCCGAGUGGAUAAUUUACAUCAGCUUUGGGGCAUUUUGGUUCUAGCAGGUCUUGGAAUCGGAGGUAUCGUGGUUCCAGCAUCUAUUAUAUCGACUAUCAUCUGCCCAGACGAUCUUAUCGCCACGGUCGCCGCACUUACCCUCGCUGUUCGUGUUAUUGGCGGGUCAAUCGGUUAUUGUGUCUACUAUAAUGUAUUUAUUUCCAAGUUUGUACCAGCGGCCACACAUUAUAUUGGUGGCGUCAUGGUCACAAAACUUAAUGUUACCUCACCCUCCGUUAUUCGCGAAGCCAUUGGAAUCACUGGCAGCUCACUCCUCCCACUGCUCGAGGAUCUUCCAGGGAUCAAGGGUGUGCCAGGUGCAUACGAAUUGGUGGUGUACGCCGGCCAACUCGCGUAUGCAGAGGCAUACAAAUAUGUGUACUAUGUUAGCAUUGCUUUUGGCUGUGUGAGCAUCAUUGCAUCCUGCUUCUUAGGUGACAUCUCCAAGUACAUGGAUGAUCAUGUAGCAGUUGUUAUGCACUAG